UCAACAAAAGAUAGAGUUCUGUGACUUGACGCUGACAAAACUUUUGUAUUGUGACUGCGUUGCUAUAGUAACGCACUUGCAUUGCAAUGGUAGUGAGCUUGUAUCGACGUAUAUAUGUUUUUUCGACGUCUGCUCCACGAAACCCCUUAAGUAAAACGGUGAUCCACAAAUAUAAGACCUUAACGCAGAGUAAAAGAUUUUGACAUUUAAACUUCGUGAGGUUUAUGUUCAACUAUGUCGAGAAUUUCCAGUGCCUUUUCUGAAAAUGAAAAUGUCCAACUUGAAGAUAGGCCAACAUCUAGAAGAGGAAUGGUAUCUAGGCAGAGCCCUGUGAUGGAAGAAAAUGCAUCCAGAUCUGUCAUACCUCACAGACCUUCAACUGGACGGCCACCUUCGGCAUCAUUGUACAAUGCACGUAGUGCAAUGCCAGGCACAGCAUCAAGGCUAGCUUCAUCUGUUUAUCAGCCAGCAUCACGUCUGGGAACAGCAGUAAAUUUAGCUGGAGCACAGUUGAAUGUCGUGGAUAGACCAGUGACACAACAGGGGCUGACUGGACUCCGUACAGCUUCCAGAGGACCACAGAAACGGCAAGUUGAAGAUAAACGAUAUUUUGAAGGAAUACUUCAGAUGAAGAUCAGAGAACUUUCAUCUGAAAUAAGUCAUUUGAAUAAGGAUAUUGAGACUCGGUCAGCUGAACAAGCAACUUUUUUGAUUUAUGACAAGAGAGUUAAAGAAAUGGCAGCUGAACUUACAGAUCUACAAGGCAAGUUAGCUGACUAUAAUUUGGUUUUUGACAAAAUAAGCACAGAUACUGAGAAAAGAGAGAUAGAUAAUGAGAGACUUGAAAUGGAGCAUAGAAAUGCAAAGGAAUCAAAUUUUCUAGAGCAACUUUUUGCUCAGAGAAGGCAAAAGGAAUCACAAAUUCAGCAAAUUGAAAUCGAAAUUGAGCAGGAGCGUCAUAUGGCUGAUAAUCUACUUGCCCAGAUGAGCCCUCCAUUGCGUGAGCAUUAUGCUGUGCUACAGAAAACAAACAAUGAGCUGCAAAGGCAGAUGGAAGAGCUACAGCAACAGCUUGAUACACUUACUGUUCAAAAAUCGAAUUUUGAAGACCAGAUAUCAGUUUCAGAGGUAAAGCAAGAGGCAGUUCGUCUGCACCACAAAUUGUUGGAAGCACAAGAAAAGCGAGAUCAGUUAUUACAGGAAGAGAGGAUGAGGUCCACUCCAGCUAAUGAAAGAGAACAAUUGCUGCAGAGGGUAAAAGAUGAUAAUUCAGAAAUAGCAACCAUGGAAAGGCAGAUGUCACAGAUGAAGGAACUAAUUUCCAAAAAGCAAGAGGAACUGACCCAACUGGAGCAGGAUGUGGAGGAGAGUCAAAGUGAGCGGCACCAGAAAUACAGAGACCUCAGACGACGUGAAGAAACUAUGGAACAGUUUCUUUCAACAUAUAAAGAAAAUUAUGAACAGAGCAUAGCCCGUCUGGAUCAGUUGGAGAGUGAUAUUGAGAUAGCUUUACAAGAAAUAAGCAGGAACUUGGCUCGUUCUGGGCAUCUUCCUAGUGUAGAAGACUUUUCUGUAAUGAAGGACAACUUAUUAUUUAAGGAGGGUGAAUUGGAGAAGUCUAAGAAAACAUCAGAAACAUUAAUCAAAGAACAGCAGCAGCUGCAGAUCAAUCUUCAAAAGGUUGAAGCGUUGGAAGGAAAGAUUAAAACUGAAAUGGAAACUCUGCGAGAAAAAAUGACAACAAUGACAAAUGAAAUGGCUUCUCUUUCUAAUUUAGACAAACUUAGAGAGGAUGCUCUCAGCAAACAGGAACUUCUGAUAAAAGAAAAGGAAGUUCUUUUAGAAAAGCAAGCUCCUCUUAAGAUGAAUGUUGAGGAACUGCAAAUUAAGUUUGAUGAUCUGAAGAACCAGCUAAAUGACAAUGAAACUUACGCACAGCUUAGCAACUUGGAAAGGAAGCUAAUGCAAUUGGAACAGAAUAACUUUGCUAUGAAAGAAUUCAUUGCAACAAAAAAGUCUGAGACUGAUUAUGAACCACUCAAGAAUAAGGUUUAUUCACUUGUACAAGAAUACAACACAUUGCUUAAGGAGAAUGUAAAGAAGGGUAAUAUAGCUAUUUGAUGCAUAAGUGGC